GGAAACACAAAAAAGGAAAGGAGAGCGAAGAAAAAAAAGGGAAGAAUAGAGGAAAAUCCGGGAAGACCCGACGAGUCUCUUUAAACACUUAUGCACAUUUGCAGCGGUUUUUCAAUGUCAUGUUCCCCCGUGGUGGUAGCCGGAUGUUCUCAGUGAGCUUCAGUUUGGCGGCGGCGAACAUUUGAAAGCGGACCUAGCUAGGCGGCUAACGUCGACCCGGCGGCUCGUCCGACCCCCCGGUCGGUCUCGUCCUCUUCGGCUCCUUUUCCUCUCGUUGCUGUUUUCCGUGUAAUGAGGAUGGCUAGCACGGCCCUGUACGCCUGCACGAAGUGUAACCAGCGCUACCCGUUCGAGGAGCUGUCGCAGGGACAGCAGCUGUGUAAGGAGUGUCGGAUAGCACACCCCAUUGUGAAGUGCACAUACUGCAGGUCGGAGUUUCAACAGGAGAGUAAGACAAACACGAUUUGCAAAAAGUGUGCACAGAACGUGAAGCAAUUCGGAACUCCAAAGCCCUGCCAGUACUGCAACAUCAUCGCGGCCUUCAUUGGCACCAAGUGCCAGCGCUGCACCAACUCGGAGAAGAAGUAUGGGCCACCGCAACCAUGCGAACAGUGCAAGCAGCAGUGUGCCUUUGACCGUAAGGAGGAGGGACGCCGGAAGGUGGAUGGCAAGCUACUGUGCUGGCUGUGCACACUGUCCUACCGCCGGGUGCUGCAGAAGACCAAGGAGCAGCGGAAAGGCCUUGGCUCCUCCAACUCUUCGCUCAGCGAGAAGGAGCACCACCCAAGGCACCAUCACCACCAUCACCACCGACACAGCAGCUCCCACCACAAGCUGAGCAGCAGUUUGAGCCCAGAUUGGACCAGGGCCUGUGGGAUAGAUGAGAGCCUCCAUAAAUCUUCCUCCAUUCAGAACGAAACCCCAAAGAAGAAGCCAAAAUUGGAGACAAAGCCAUCAAACGGAGACAGCAGCUCCAUCACCCAAUCCAUGGAUGCUGGCACCACAGACAACUUUAUCCUUAUCAGCCAGCUGAAAGAGGAGGUGAUGAUGCUCAAGCGGAUGGUGCAACAGAGGGACCAGACCAUCCUGGAGAAGGACAGGAAGCUGACGGAGCUGAAGGCCGACUUCCAGUACCAGGAAAACAACAUGAGGGUGAAGAUGAACAACAUGGAGAAGGCCCACAAGGAGGCCAUGGAGCAGCAGCAGGCCAAGAACAGGGAGCUCCUGAAGCAGGUUGCUGCCCUCUCCAAGGGGAAGAAGUUUGACAAGGCGGGGAGCUCUCUGCUGUCCCCCUGAAGCCCCCGGCGCAACAACACCCCCCCCCCCCCCCCCCCUCCCCUUAAACAAAGUGGAGCAACGAGGGUCACUGUGACAGCCUGACUGACCCCCCACAGACAGACAGACGUUAACACAUUCCCAUCUGUGGACACAUCAUUUACUGUCACUUUAAAUAUGAUUCAUAGCCACAUCUCAGCAAAAGCUCUGUUUGUACUGCUUUUUAGACCCAUUUUCAGGCAGUGGCCGGGAAACGUGCCAUCUUGCAGCAAACCGUUGGAAAACGAUGUUGAACCUAACCCAUACAGUACAUGAUAUAGGAUGCCUUUGACUCCAUAAUUUGAUCCUUUUUAGGCAAAUGAAAUAUUGUUUCAUAUGUAAUAUGUGUAGAAAAGUCAUUAAGCCCAUUUUUAAUGCUGCCAUGAAGUUCUGCAGGUGGCACAUUAGGAAAUACCAAGUCUUUACUUGGAAGCAUUGGGGGUUGUGAUAGCACCACAGUUAGAACGGUUGUUUAAACCGGUCUGUGCUGUAGUGGUUUAAUUUUAAAAAGCCUACUUUUAAAAGUCUUUGAUUGUUACACUGAGAUCAAUUUGGUGUGACCCAUUUCUACAGCUAUGUAUUUUACUGGAGUGUACCAGGAUAAGUACUGUGCUCAAAGGUGCUACAGCAGGAUUAUUGGGUGGGCCUUGAACCAGCAAUGUUUGGGUUUCAUGUCAUGUCCAGUGUCAGUACACUAUGUGCAGUUCUACAGGAGUGGCCCAAAAAAGGUGGACUUUUUCACAGCCCCAGUUCUGUUCUGGGGACGGGAAAGCACCCUGUGGAAUUGGAGCACAGUAACAUUUAAUAACUUGCCGAAUACCUGGUUUUACACCCUAAACACUCCACCCCUUGAGACUGGACUCCAUGUUUGGUGAGAUCUGUCACAGGGAACCUCGUGGUGCUCCUUGUUUUCGUCUCCUUUUCACGUUACUAUGAAUCCCUCUUCGAUUUGACCUUUCCAGCACUGGACACAUCAGCACCUUUUUUUUCUGAUGGUUCUUCUCGGACUGUUUUUAUUUAUUUACAUUUCUCACCUCAGCGGAGAACAGCCCGACGGUGGCACCAGACCUCUUAUUCACGUUUUCUAUUUGGAUGUAAUAAUGUAAAGCGAACUCUCUGCUAGGGGCCUCGUCCACAGAUACCUGUGUGCCAGUGUGGAUCCGUACAGGGACAUCCAUGUGAAGCCUGGACUGUGUUUACAACUAUAUUCUCCUACAACCACAUCCUCCAGGAGGAGCUGGGGUCAGGGCCCCUCGGCAGAUCCAUCAGGACCAGUGUUUGCAAAUGCCAAACAGCCAAGAACAAUAAGCCUUUAAUUUGUAAUCUUUAUUUUUGUAAUGUUUUGUACAACGAAACCUGUGCAGUUGGCCUCAGCUCCAGCAUGUGGUGCCGCUCACUCCGGUGGAAGGACCCGUGUGGACCUGUGUGCCGCACCCCAAGACAGGCCUCGGCAGGCUGAGUGUAAAGAUGUGCAGCAGUGAAGGCCGUUGUGUAUUUAAAGUGUGUCGCUUGUUCGGGUUUCUCAGUACAUGUAUAGGGCGCCUUUUCAUGUAUCUCUAGGAAGUUCUUCUAAGGACACAUGUGUCACGUGUUUGCAGUCUCCCGACAAGGUGAGGCGCUGUCUUCACACCCUGCAGUACAGGAUCACUUUUGUACUUUUUCAAG